ACGUUUUCUAAACUUUGUUCCCGUCGCAUUUUCUCUCUCUACAGAACUACCUGGAGAAAAUUAGAGAGAGAAAGAGGGAAGGUCUGAAAGGAAAGGAUGUCACUGAGGCGUUCGUUUCUCCCGCGUAGAAACCUAAGUGGAUCGCAUACUUUCUCCAGAGCUUCUCGAGAAUCUAAGGCUUCGGAGACUUGUGUAAGGGGAGCGCGGGAUGAUUGUUGCAUCGUCAAUGUUAGAGAUGAAUACGACGAGAAAAGUGGCGGUGCUGUCGAGGAAUCCGGUUGCGGAGAUGCGGUUUCGUGGGCGAACAUGCUGCCGGAGAUUCUCGGAGAUAUAAUACGGCGAGUCGAGGCCACCGAGGAGCGUUGGCCGAGCCGCCAAAACGUCGUUGCGUGUGGAUGCGUGUGCAAGCGGUGGAGAGAGGUCACUCUAGAAACUGUUAAGUCAUCCCUUCACGCUGGAAAAAUCACCUUCCCUUCUUGCCUUAAACAGCCAGGGCCCCGUGAUGCUCCACUUCAAUGUUUUAUCAAACGUGACAAGAAGAAUUCCACAUUUUAUCUUUAUCUUGGUCUUUCACCAUUACUUGUGGAUAAGGGAAAAUUUCUCCUAGCUGCACGAAGAUGUAGGACUGGUGCUCAUACUGAAUACGUAAUUUCUCUCGAUGCUGACGAUCUAUCUCAAAGAAGUAAAGCCUAUGUCGGGAAAUUGAGGUCAGAUUUUCUAGGAACCAAUUUUACAAUAUAUGACAGUCAACCACCACACAGUGGUGCAAAGCCAUCAAGCAGCAGAUCUUGCCGCCGUUUUACAAGCAAGCAGAUAAGCCCCCAAGUCCCUGCUGGAAACUUUGAGAUUGGAUGUGUUUCCUAUAAGUUCAACCUCUUGAAGUCGAGGGGGCCUAGGAGGAUGGUGUGCUCUCUCAAGUGUCUAUCCUCUGGAGACACCACAAAUACAGACAGAUUACACGAUGCGAUUAUGAAAAAGCCUAGCUCUGCCGCUAUACCAUACACAGUUCUCAGAAAUAAAGCCCCAAGGUGGCAUGAACACUUACAAUGUUGGUGCUUGAAUUUCCACGGUAGGGUGACAGUAGCUUCGGUAAAGAAUUUUCAACUAGUCGCUACAUUGGAUCAGAGCCAACCUGGUGGAAAAGGUGAUGAGGAAACUGUGAUCCUCCAGUUUGGGAAGGUAGGGGAUGAUGUUUUUACAAUGGACUACAGGAAGCCUUUGUCAGCUUUCCAAGCAUUUGCAAUUUGCCUCACAAGUUUUGGCACAAAGUUGGCCUGUGAGUAGAUAAAUAUAUGCCCCCCUUGCUUUGGGGCCUGUGUUCUUUAUCUUCCAAGUAGUAUAGUAACAUAUAUAGAAAUAUCUGUUCUAGUUUUGCUGGUGGACUCGGAUGCUUCAACAUGUAACUUGCAAUUGUUUUAUGGAGAACUUAAUUAUGAAUGAAAAAAAUAAAGUUGUAAAUU